CUUUAAAUACUCGGCUACAUUAUUCUCGUUCCUAGACAUUUAAGAGAUAGAGCGCGUCCAUAAAUGGGGAAUAUUUGUGUUAAAAUCAAACUUUAAAUACUCGGCUAUAUUAUUCUCGUCUUCUUUAGUCUCUACUGUUGCUUUUUCUGUGUUCUUAUUAUAUUUUGGUUAGAGCAUGAGACUGAGCCAGACAUUCUUCUCUAUUAUCUGUGCUGCGAACCACCAUUUUUCUUACCGCGCUCCAAUUCUAAUUUCCCCAAACCAAAAACUUUUUGAAUUUUGUCAUUUGUGCUUUAACAUCCUAGACUCUGAACCUGGCCAGAAACACUUUCUCUCCCACCAAUGUUUGCCUAUUUAUCUUUUUUCCUUUGAGUGGAAAAAGUAGAAUAAAGACUUCAUUUUUCUUGCCAAGAUUUUGAGACUUAAGAAGGGAUGGAAAUAUUUUGAGGGUGGGAAGUAAUUAUAUUUUCUUUUGAUUAACUAGGAAUUCUAGGAUUUCAUUCACUAAAAAAAUAUGUGCAUAAUGCAUUGAAUCCAAUGAUAAUUUAAGAGAUCUCAAGAGUCUUUGCUGAGAUAAUGGAUGGUGUUACGGAAUUUUCUGGGGUUUUGAUCAGAGGAAAAAUUUACUGUUGACAUUAAAAGAUAGCUACUAUGAAGAACAACUGCAAACUCUGAUUGAUGGCAUGCUUCAGCAAGUUCAUGUUGUAGGAGAAGGGGGAAUAAAGACUAUUGCAUUAAUCUCAGUUGAACCAUGGGGAGUUGUGCAAUUUGGAUCCACUCAGAAGAUUCCUGAAAGGAAAGAAUUUAUCGAGCAAGUGAAGAAGCAGUUGAGAGAAGUGAAAGUCAGAGAAAAGGAACCUCCUUCAAAUAGCCAAAAUCUCGAGUCAAGCACUCAUUUAACUUCAUUAUUAUCACCUGCUGUUUCCAGUUCUUCAAACGAUCCAAUCCAAAUCAUGAGCCAGUUUAGGGAUGGAGUGGAUGAUUUUCUUGUAGAGUAUAACAAUAGCACAACUUUGUUUGGAUCCUCCAGCAAGCAAGUAUUUAAAAACAAUGCUAGUGAUUGUUGUUCUGUUCUGACCUCAUAUUGGUCUCAUUCAGCAUCUUGGCCAGAUCAAAACGUGCCCCUUUCAGAUAAUGUCCCAACAUGCUUGAAUGACACUCUCACACCAGUUGUCGACCACUCCUCAAACACCUUAUUCUCCAAACUAGGCCUUCACCAGUUUUUAAAUACUAGCACAACCUCUUCAUUUAGUUUUGGUCCUAAUGGGGAAAAGAAACUGUUACAUCCGGUGUUUGAAGAUAAGAUGAGGAGAUAUACUUUUGACAUUAAAAGUGCCAAGAAAAAGGCUAAGGCUGGGAUAAAACCGAGGCACAAAAAUAGUCAGAUGAUCCAGGACAGGUUGGCAGAGUUGAGGGACCUCAUUCCUAGUGGUCACAAGGGUUGUGAAGUUGAGGAUCAAUCUAUGGUUUGUCCACUCAUAGUUGAGGACCUUGAUACCCCUGUUCAAAUGCUCAUUACAAUCCUUUGUGAAGAAGGGGGCUUCUUUUUGGAGAUUGCUGAGAUCAUUAGAGGUUUUGGCUUGAAUAUCCUCAAGGGAGUGACUGAAGUCCGUGAACCGAGCAACAUAUGGGCUAACUUCAUAGUUCAGUCUGAGGGGGCCCGUCGUAUGGUUUUCGAUGUGCUAACUUUUGACAAUGGACAAAUGAUGGGUAAUCAGCUUCAUCUGUUAUUUCUCCUUGUGGUUAAUCACCGAUAA